CUCAAACCGAAAGCGCAAGCAACUUGUUGGGGGAUUUUUCGGCUCUGUGCUGUGAGUUUUGUGUACAAGAGAGGGAAAACCCAGCCCGGCACGGCUGAAGCGAGGCAUCGGAUCCAGAAGGAUCAAAAGCCCGGCAUGGAAGGACUUUCCUGGCCGCUGCUGGAAGAGCCCAUCAGAAAGAUGCUGGUCCCUGUCGUGUUUCAGGCAAUUCCCCUGAUUCUCUGCGACCGAAUCCUGCUCUCCUUGCUGAAUGGAUGGAGCCCCUCCCUGGUCCCACUGGGGGUCUCAGCAGCUUGGCUGGAGGCCGCUCUCCGACUGCUGGUUCUCUUAGGGGUCAGGGGUCUGUUCUCCAUGGGUCGAACCUCCCCAGUGUCCUUCUCCACGGUGGCUGCAGUCAGCAUCGUGCCCCCUUUGUACCUGUUGGUGGGACACUGGCUUGGGGACCCUCCCCUCCUGGUCUCUUCGGCCGCGUGGUCUUGGUGGCUGGCAAUCUACGGGGCGGUGGGCUUCUCCCAGCUCCUCUGGGGGAUCCUGGCAGAAGGGCGAAGCCCAAAGGAGUCCCGGAAAGAAGACAAGGCCACCCUUUGGAAGAUGCUCCAUCUUUUCCGUCCAGACAAGCUGUAUCUCACUGGCGCUUUCUUGGUCCUCGUCCUGGCGGUGAUUGGUGAAACAUUCCUGCCCUAUUACAUCGGGCGUUUGAUUGACAUCCUGGGCACCAAAUACGAUGCAGAAGCCUUUUCCACAGCCAUCUCUCUACUCUUCCUGAUCUCAUUUGCAAGCUCCGUGUUUGCCAGCUGUCGUGGGGGACUCUUCAUGUUCACGAUCUCACGGAUGGUUAUCCGGACUUGCAACUUACUCUUCUCUUCUCUGGUGUGGCAAGACCUGGCUUUUUUCCAGGAGGUGAAAACAG